UCCCACCGGCCAGUUUCACGACGCCACCGCUGCCGCGGUGCAUGCUGGUACUUGUAGUCAUCCGGCCGCUCCAGCCGCCCGCAGUGCCUGUACGUCGGACGAUUUUUGGCAAUUUUUGGUUAGUGUGGAGCUAUCGUGCCAUGGGAGGAUUCACCUGCUGCGUUCCUGGGUGCUACAACAACAGCACAAGGGACAAAGGCUUCGGAUUCUACGUGUUUCCUAAAGAGCGAAAGCUACGAGAGACGUGGAUCCAACGGAUUAACAGGGCCGGACGGAACGGCAGGUUCUCGAAGUUUACUCCAACCACAGGACAUAGAGUUUGCAGUGCCCACUUCGAAGGAGGGAAAAAGACUUACAUGAACCGUGUGCCCACAAUAUUCCCUUUGAGACAGCAAAAGGUGGAGAAGAGGCGACCGUUGAGAAGAACAAAGCCUGAAGUUGUCAGGAGCUCAACUGUGCCACCUGGAUCUGAGCAAGAGGUCUCUGCCAUCGCUAGCAGUGACAGCGAUGAUCCUUUGCAGCAGGAAGUGCAUCUACACCUGGACCAUGCAUACAGCAGCCAACAGUUAAGUUAUGAUGAGCUUGUCGAGCAAGUUGCUAAACAAAAGCACAUCAUAACUGAACUCCUGGAGCAAGCUGAAGCAGCAAAUGCGACAGUGGCAGAGCUUAACAACCUGCUUAAACGAAGUCAGCAGGACCACGCCGAAACAAAAAAGCUGUGUGACCGUCUUCAGCAGAAGAACAGGUGCUUAAGACUUCAGUUAUCAGCAAUGCAGGAAAAAGUUAGACGUUGCAAGACUGAAGCUGCACAGAACAUGGAUAUCACAUAUGAGGCCCUUGUAAAAGACGAGAAAAAGCUACGGUAUUACACUGGCUUCACAUCCAGCAAGCGCUUGGACACUUUUUGGUCCCUUCUAGAGCCAGAUGCAAAAAGGCUGUGCUUCUGGCAGAUGAAAGAAACGGCCAGUGAAGACAGAAACUUCAUCCUGCCUUUGAAGACCCAGCUCGUGCUGGUCUUGAUGAGACUGAAGCUUGGUCUUGAUGGCCUUGACCUUGCAUACAGGUCCCAACUUGGAUGUCUCCGCAACUGUGCGACAAGUACCGGCCAAAAGCCUUCAUUGACAAGGGCUACACUACCGUUGAUGGCAUCCUCGACUGUACAGAAAUUUUCAUUGAGACCCCUUCGUCAUUCCGGGUGCAGAGUGAAACCUAUUCCUCUUACAAAAAACAUAAUACCGCGAAAGGAUUAGUUGUGUGCAGCCCAAAUGGCUUUGUCAUGUUUGUGUCCGAUCUUGCUCCUGGAAGACUGUCCGACAAGGCCCUGACAAAGGCUUGCGGUGUGCUGGAAAAGUUCUCACCAGGGCGAAGUGUGAUGGCUGAUAGGGGGUUCACUAUCGAAGAAGAGUGCAAGCAGCAUUCACUGCAUUUGAACAUUCCGCCGUUCCUGGAAGGACGGCCUCAACUGUCCGAAGCAGAUGAGACUGAGACAAGGCUCAUUGCAAGUGUGCGCAUACACGUGGAAAGGGUCAUCCGGAAGAUCAAGACCUACAAAAUACUCUCCCAGGUGUUCCCAAACAGCAUGUCUGGACAACUGAACAAAGUGUGGCACAUUUGUGCACUCUUGACUAACUUUGUGGGUGAACCAUUGUUGUGAUAAGGUGUAAAUGAAAUCUUGAUGUUCGCGAUGAUGGGCUGUGCCGGUGUGGUUCAAUACAUCACUACCCCUUUUUAUGAAAUAAAACAAUGUUAGCAUUCCUCCAACAUUCCAGCAUGCUCAAGGCCAUCAGGCAUUACAUAUAAAGUGGCAAGCUUCCCUAGCACAAUAGCUCCCCUUUCUAUAGGUCU